GAAAAAAUUAUAAAUUCAAUAUGGCACAGAUUUUAGAUUGGAAGAAGCUUAUGAAAGUGGAUCCAGAUGCUCUGCCUCGUCAAGAGGAACUAGCAGACAGAUUGCUGGAGACCGUGUUGAAGGUUGAUGGGAAAGAUCUAAAAACUGAAACCCUGGGAAAACUGAUACACCUUUUUAAAAUUACUCAGUCAUUAUUGAAGAUGAAAACUCAAGAGGUAGAGCUGGCACUAGAAGAAGUUGAAAAAGCUGGGGAAGAGCAAGCCAAAUGUGAAAAUAAACUUAAAGCAAAGGUGAUGAAACUUCAAAAUGAAUUACAGAUGGCACAAAAAUCUGCUGGUGGUCGUGAUCCUCGUUUUUUGCGUGAUGAGAUCUGCCAACUGGAAAAACAAUUAGAACAAAAAGAGAGACAGUUAACAGAUAUAGAAAAAGACCUGGAAAAAGAGAAGAAAAUGAAUGAACAGCUUGCUCUUCGAAAUGAAGAUGCUGAAAAAGAAAACAUCAAAUUAAGGAGAGAGAAUGAAGAGCUGUGUCAGGAUGUAGUUGACUAUCAGAGGCAAAUAGAUUCUCAGAAAGAAGCAAUUCUGUUACGAAGAGGAGAGAAUUCUGAUUACAGAUCACAGUUGUCCAAAAAGAACUUCGAGCUUGUCCAGUAUUUGGAUGAAAUUCAGAAUUUGACUGAAGCUAAUGAGAAGUUAGACAUUCAAAACCAAGAAAUGAGGAAGAAUCUUGAGGAAUCAGUACAAGAAAUGGAAAAGAUGACUGAUGAAUAUAACAAAAUGAAAUUAAUUGUGCAACAAUCUGAUACUGUUAUGGAUCACUUAAGAAAAGAGAAAGAACAGUACAAAUUUCAAGUUCAGGAGCUUUCAGACCAGCUGAAAGCAAAGAAUGAAGAAGACUAUCCACUUAUGGCAGCUGUAAAUGCAAAAGUUGAAGAAUGGAAGAAUAUCUUAGCUUCAAAAGAUGAUGAACUCCUACAGCAUCAGCAAAUGUUGUUUAACUUGAAAGAGAAAUUGAAAAUGGCCCAACUUGAUGUAGACAGAAACAGUAUAAUGGCCCUUCAACAGGGUGUGCAAGAGAGGGAUGCGCAGAUAAGAUUGCUUACUGAGCAAGUUGAACAGUAUACCAAAGAAAUGGAACAAAAUACACUGCUAAUUGAGGAAUUAAGAAAUGAUCUCCAAAAAGAUAAAGGUCACUCAUCUCUUGCUCAGCAGAAUCGCAUUGGGGAAAUGCAAGAAAAGUUGAAAAUGCUAGAGGACAGAACUAAGGAGGCUGAGAAAGCAGCAGAAUUAGCAGAAGCAGAUGCUAGAGAAAAGGACAAAGAACUUGUUGCAACUCUGAAACGAAUGAGAGACUAUGAACUGGGAAUAUAUGGUUUGGAAGAGGCUGUUGCUGAAAUAAAUGAUUUAAAAAAGCAAAUCAGAAUACGAGAUCAUGAGAUCGAAACAUUAAUUAAGGAAGGCAAUAAACUUGAACUUAAAAUAAAUGAUUUUCUUGAUGAAAACGAAGAACUCAGAGAGCGCUUAGGUCUUGAGCCAAAGACAAUGAUUGAUUUAAGUGAAUUCAGAAACAGCAAAGCACUGAAGCAGCAGCAAUAUACAGCUGAAAACCAAAUUCUUUUGCAAGAGAUUGAAAGACUAGAAGAAGAAAGAAUUGAACUGAAAAAACAGAUUCGUAAGUUGGCUCAGGAGAAAGGAAGAAGAAUUUCAACAACAGGAUUGGAUACUGGUAAUGUGCAGAUAACAGAUAGCUUUACUGAAGAGAAGGGAAUGAAUAAGAGGAAGUUGGAUCUCUUGAACAGACAGGAUAUUACUGAAGCAAAAGCAAAGAAUGAGUAUCUUGCAAAUGAAUUAAGUAUGAGAGAGCGAGAUUUGGAGAAGAACAGGACCGUAAUAGCCAAAUUUCAAUGUAAAUUAAAAGAAUUAUCAGAAGAGAAUAAACAACUUGAACAAGGAAUGAAAGAAAUAUUGCAAGCUGUCAAGGAAAUGCAGAAGGAUUCUAAUGUGAAGGGAGGAGAAACAGCCUUAAUAAUCCCGAGUCUCAAUCGUUUAGUUAACGCAAUGGAGUCAAAGAAUUCAGAAGGAAUCUUUGAUACUAGUGUGCACUUGAAAGCUCAGGUUGAUCAGCUUUCAGGACGAAAUGAAGAAUUAAGACGGGAACUGAAACAGACUCAGAAAGAGGCAACAAGUUUCUCUAAUCAGCUGGCAAGUGCAAAUGAAAAGAUUGCACAACUGAAAAAUGAAAUUUCCUUAUUACAGCAGUCAGAAGGUGCCAAUAUUGUCUUCCAAACAGUGAAUCUUCCAGAAGGAAUGGUUCCUUCAAGUGUUAAUAUGAUUAACUCUCUGAAUGAAUAUUUAAUACGUCUUGUACAGGAACUGGAAAAUAAAGAACAGUUACUUAAACAAUUAGAAGACGCAGUAGAAGACUAUAAGCGAAAAUUUGCAGUAAUUCGUCAUCAACAAGGCUUGCUGUAUAAAGAAUAUCAAAGUCAAAAGGAAAGCUGGCAGAAAGAGUCUGAAGAUAUGAAAGAGAAAAUGAGAAAGCUAGAAGAGCAAAAAGAACAGGAUGCUACAAAAAUAAAGGCAUAUUCUAAUCUACUCAGUGCACUUCAGCUGGAUCCUGAUGAAACAAAGAAAGUACUUGCAGAAAAUAGUAGAAAAAUAACUGUUUUACAAGUUAAUGAGAGGUCAUUAACAAGGCAGUAUACCACUUUACUUGAAACAGAACGGCAUCUUAGAAAAGAAAAUGAGAAACUAAAGGGUGAAAUAACACAUAUAGAGACUGCAGUUACACAGAAGAUUGGAAACUUGCAACGAUUCAAGGAAAUGGCUAGUUUUAAGAUUGCAGCUCUGCAAAAAGUGUUGGAUGCUAGCGUGCCAUUGUCUGAGCUAGAGCUGGCUAAUAAGCAGUAUAACGCAUUAACUGCUAAAUACAGAGAUAUGUUACAAAAAGAUAAUGUGCUCGUCCAGCAGACAACGAACAUGGAACAUGUGGAGUGUGAGAAUAUAUCCUUGAAAGCACAGAUAAAUUUAUUGAAUAAGGAAUUGGAGAUCACAAAAGAGAAACUUCACACUGUAGAACAGGCUUGGGAACAGAUGACUAAACUGGGGGAUGACAAUACCAUGGACAAGGCCACAAAAGCAGUAACCAACAGUGAGAUUUUGUCCAUUUCUAAGAAAAUCACGAUGUUGGAAAUGAAGGAACUAAAUGAAAGACAGAGAGCAGAACAUUCACAACGAAUGUAUGAACAGUUAAGGAAUACUGUAAAGCAAAUAGAAGAACGUAAUUUUGAAUUAGAAACAAAAUUUGCUGAGCUUACCAAAAUCAACCUGGAGGCACAGAAAGUGGAACAGGAAUUAAGAGACGAAUUGUCAAAGAGUGUAAGUAAGGCAGUAAGUGAUGCAGAUAGACGACAAAUCAUGGACCUAGAAAAGCGUGAGAUGGAGCUCAAGACUGAGGUAUCAAAGUUAAGAGAACUGUCUGAUGUGGCAAAAAUGCAAGUUGAAGCUCUGGAAGCACGCCAGCAAUACAGAGAUAAAGAAGUGGAAUGCCUUAGGAUGCAAAUUUUAGAUUAUCAGGCACAGUCGGAUGAAAGAACAGUUAUUGCAAAACUACAUCAACAGAUCGUAUACCUUCAAAAUAAUGAAUCUGAUGCUAUAGGCAAGUUGGAGACGCUUAAAUUGAAAUUACAGAAGAUGGAGAUCCAUAAUCUACGUUUAGAGCAGAAGCUUGAUGAGAGGGAACAAGCCUUGUAUUUUGCUCGACUGGAAGGAAGAAAUAGAACCAAACAUCUACAACAGACAGUUCAGUCUUUGCGUCGACAGUUUAGUGGUGCUCUGCCUUUAGCACAGCAAGAAAAAUUCUCUAAAACGAUGAUUCAGCUACAGAGUGACAAACUGAAGAUCCUGGAGGAAGUUCAGCACGCUCAGGAGGAGCGUCGAAAUGCCGAAAACAGAGCAUUAGAGAUGGAGUUAAAACUGAAAAGUUUAGAAGAAUUAAUAAGUGCCUUGAAGGACACAAGAGGAGCUCAAAAGGUAAUUGAAUGGCAUAUGAAAAUGGAGGAACUCCAUCUGCAGGAACUUAAACUCAAUCGAGAGUUAAUCAGGCAAAAGGAAGAGGUGAAGCAUUUGCAGAAUAUAAUUUCUGAAUAUGAACGUACAGUCAGUAACCUGGAAGAAGAAAUUGUACAGCAAAACAAGUUUCAUGAAGAAAGGCAAAUGGCUUGGGACCAGAGAGAAGUAGAACUGCUGCGCCAAUUAGACCUGUAUGAUCAUCAACAAAAUGAAACACGUAAUACAGCUGUAAAGUUAGAAGAGGCUACUGGGUCAGUUCCAGACUCUAGUUUACCACUUCCACAGCAGCUUGAGUUGGCUUUGAGAAAAAUACAAGAGCAUAUUCGAACAAUCGUGGAAACCAGGAAAACCUGCAAAUCACUGGAGGAGAAAUUAAAAGAAAAGGAAACUGCUCUGUGGAAAGCUGAACAAAAUGUUUUAUCAAGAGACAAAGUUAUAAAUGAACUAAGACUUCGAUUAUCUGCACCAUCAGAAAGAGAGAAAAUAGUGGCUGAGUCAGGCAAACAAGAUGAUCCAGAGUACUGUCAUGCCAUAAAAAUUGCUCAUCAAACCAUUGCAAAUAUGCAAGCAAGAUUAAAUCAAAAGGAGGAAGUGUUAAAAAAAUACCAACAUUGGCUUGCUAAAGCAAGAGAGGAACAAGAAGAAAUAGCAAAGAAGCAUGAGGAAGAUCUUAAAGUUCUACACCAGAAGUUAAAUUUGCAUGCUGACAAUUCCCUUAAUAAAUUCAAACAGACUGCUUUGGAUUUAGCAAAAAAGACUUCAUCACUUUCCAACAACAAACAUUUUCUCCGCUUAGCUGAAAUGGAGCAAGCUGUAGCAGAACAGGAUAAUCUUAUUGCUUCGCUUGUUGGAAAGUUAAAGAAAACAUCAUUUGAUUUGGAGAAACAAAAACAAAUCACUUCAAUGAAUAUCAAAGAGUUUGAGAUUAUCAGAGACCAGCUUCAUGAAAAACACAAAGCUGAGGUCGAACAACUAACAGAUGAGGCAAAUGUCUUGAGGAACACGGUAUCUCAGAUGGAGAAGAAAUUUGCAAAUGUAAAAGCUGAACUAGAGGUCCAAAAAGAAGCAAAUAAUAGAGCACCCACAGCAACACUGAAGAAUCUGGUGGAGCAGCUGAAGAGCCAGUUAGCCAUAAAAGAGAAGCAGCAGAAAGCUUUGAGUAAAGCAAUUCUGGAACUCAGAGCAGAAAUGACUGCUAAUGCUGAACAGCAGAUUAUUUCUGCUGCAUCACAAAAAGAGUCAUAUAUGAAUGUCCAGGAGAUUGUUGACAGACAAACAAAGGGGUUUACGACACAGAUAGAAGAAUUAAAUAUUCAGAUUACAAAACUUACAGAUAACCUUAAAACAAGUAAAACCAGGGAAACUUCCUUGUCUGAUGAAAGAAAUGAAUUGAACCAAGAACUUCUGAGAAAACAAAAAGCAUUUGCUAAAAUGUUGAAAGAAAAAAAUGAAUUGGAAGAAGAAAAUGAAGAACUGAAGAAACAGGUUAAGAGGAUAAGCAGUAACAUUCAGAGCAAAGCUGAUGAGCAAAACCUGAUAGAUGCACUUCAGAAAAAAAUAAAGAAGUUGGAAAAUGAACUUGAGAAGAAGUGUGAAGAAACAGACAAAAAAGGUGUAAGAGAAGACAAGACAUCCAAGGAGGAAAUACUUAAAUGGGAAGAAAAUAAAAAAUGGCAAAUCAGAACAGAAGGAUUGCGGAACAAGCUAAGGGAAAAGGAAAAAGAAGCAGAUGCUUUAGUCAAACAGUUGAAUACAUUGAAGGAAAUUUACACCAAGACUGAAAAAGAGAAAAUUACUUUACAGAAGAAACUGAAAACUACUGGUGUCACUGUUGACCGUGUUGUUGGAGUAAGAGCCUUAGAGACUGAAAAGGGACUGGAAGAACUAAGAAAACGGAAUCUAGAUUUAGAAAAUGAAGUUGCUCACAUGAGAACACAGCAAGCAAUCCCACGAGAUUCUGUUGUAGAAGAAUUACAUUUCAAAAAUCAGUACCUCCAGGAAAAGCUUCAUGCUUUGCAGAAACAAUAUUCAAGACAGGCGUAUUCUAGACCAUCAACGUCAGGAAUGGGAUCAGAUGAUCAACACCAAAGAGAACAAGAAGUUAUAAAGGAAAAUUUAAGAUUGUCAUCUGAAAACAUUGAACUAAGGUUCCAGCUAGAGCAAGCCAAUAAAGAUUUGCCAAGACUAAAGGACCAAGUAGGUGACUUGAAAGAAAUGUGUGAACUUCUCAAGAAAGAGAAAGCAGAUGUUGAACGAAAGCUGGGCAGUGUUAGAGGCGCUGGUAGAAGUGGAAAGACAGUUGCAGAAUUGGAAAAAACAAUUGGUUUGAUGAAAAAGGUUGUAGAGAGAGUCCAAAGAGAAAAUGAGGAUCUGAAAAAAACUCCAGCUGUGGUUUCUAAUGAGAAAUUACUUGGUCUUGAACAGGAAAAUGAGAAGCUAAAGUCUGAAAUGGAAAAGAUGAAACUUCAUGUGGGGGACCAGCUGGGUAUGCAUCAUGACUCUAAAACCAAAGGAAUGGAAAAAGUCAUUACUGAAAACGAGAGGCUGCGUAAAGAACUGAAAAAGGAAGCUGACAAUGGAGAGAAGCUACGAAUAGCAAAGAAUAACUUGGAGAUAUUAAAUGAGAAGUUAACAGUACAGCUGGAGGAAACCAUUAAGAGGCUAAAUUUGGCUGAGAGCCAAAUUGACGGCGCUGACAGCAAAAGCUGGAAGUCCACUGUAACAAGGAUGCACGAAACGAAGGUAAAGGAAAUGGAAAUGCAUAUUGCUAAAAAAACCCAAAGCAUUACUGACCUUAAACGGCUGCUGCAGGAAGCAACAGAACGUGAACAGAAUGCUGAUAAAAACUUACAAGAUCUAAAAGAACAAAUUGAGCUUCUCAAACAGUUUCCUGAAGGUACAAGGACAGAGCAAAGCCUUUUCAGGGAGCUUCAGCUUUUAAGAUUAACUAAUAACCAAUUAGAGAAAGACAAAGCAGAACUAGCUCAGCAGGUGGAAGAGUAUAAGCACCACAUGCACACAUGUACAAGUGAAGUUUCUGCAGCUGGACAGAAUGAAAUUUUACAGAAGGAUAAAAAUGACAGGUUAAUGGAAGUAGCUGACCUCCAGACACAGUUGAAAGCCUCUGAGUUGGAGAAACAGCAAUUAAGGGAAGAAACAAAAAAGCUAAGAAGAGAACUAGAAAACUAUGGCCCUUCCUUUUUUGAAGAAAUUGAAGAUCUGAAAUAUAACUACAAUGAAGAAGUUAAAAAAAAUAUCAUCUUAGAAGAGAAACUAAAGCAGCUUUCUGAAGAGUUUGGCAUUCAAGGGGAUAGUCCAGGCAAUGUUUCUGUUGAUUAAGCUAGUUUUUAGUGUCCUCAGUAUGGAUACAGUAAAUAGAUUCUGGGGCAAUUUCAUAAUAUUUAUCUGGUUUUUAUCUUGGAAUAAUACAAGUCUAUUAAAGUUACAAUAGUUUGGCACAUACCUAAGAGCACAGAAUUGGAUUAGUCAACAGAAUAUGGUCAGUAUUUGUAUACAUCAGUCAAAAAUGAGUUUUACUUCUCCCAGCCCCUUUGCAAUACUGUAUGUUAAUUUAGAACAGUAAUUUGGGUAAUACACAGGUGUUAAGUGAAGUUGAAACCUUGGACUUACCCUGUAAGUCAAGAAACUCUUAAAAUGUACUAAGUCUGCCAAGUUCCAAAUCACUAAAAACAUGUAAUUCAUUCUGCUCUCUCGUGCUACGAUCCUUAACUGUGGACUCAGGGUCAGUGUGCUGACUAUCUGUUCUUACAUCCCUGACUGUUUUUACCUCAAAAUUUAGAAAAUCCAAGAACAAAGAAUUGAAAAUAAAGUUAUAGUAGUAUUUCAACCAAUCUAAUGGUGUUUUGGUAUUUAAAUAACUUUUCAUCUUGUAUAUUUUAUAUAGCUGGAUGUAUAUUUUUACAGCACAGAUAAAAUAAAGCCAACUCAAAACAA